UCAAAGAAAACGAAAGGAAAAUAAUAGUUUUUUUUCGUUCAAUCCCAAUGUCUUUCCCUUGUUACAGUGCACGUAGAAUCCAGAAGCCUUACGCGGUGCCACGUCUUACAUCGAUUCCAGUUUACCGGUAAUUGAUAAAGAAAUGAAUCGAAGGAAGGAACAAGACGCUAAGGUGGAUCAGUGAACGGUGCCUUUUCGUCAGAUGAAGAAGCCAUCGCUCUCAAGUCCUUGAUGGUGCACUCAACUUACAGCAUUUCAUUAGAUUGAAGGAUACUUGCGUCCACGGCAGCAGAGAUAAGAUUCGCAUACUGCUCAAUUUCUCCCCGUCAGGUACAUACAGUGGUUAAAUAGACAAUAACUGGAUAUUAUAUUUGUUCAAUCCCCAGUAUUAUUGAUCAACAAUGGGCGCAUCAACCUCAACAGAGAAAUGGGUUCCUGAUGACCAAAAAGAGGCUGAAGCCCUAGCAGCUUCAACGGGAGCUCUUCCUCAGCUUCAGAGUGCAUUCUCUAAACUGGCGGAUCUCCAAACAAGUGCAAUUCCUUUCGAAUCCUUACAGAAAUGCUUCUUUUUAGGUUAUAAAAACCGAACCCAAGAAACUUCUGUGGUGCCUGAAUCCUUUCCAGCCAUCCUAGACUGUAUAGGCUCAACGAUAGCUGAACUAUUGUUCAUUCCAGAGGAAGGAGGAGUUACCUGGGUUGAAUUUCUCAAGGGCUACAACAAAUGUUGUGGAAAUAUAUCUGCAUCUGUGUUGCUUAAUACAUUAAUUAGGGUAUUUGAUGCUACGAUGGUAAAGGCAGGACUCCCUUCAAAAUUGGAGGUUACUUCCCUGGAGGAUGAAUUUAAGAUCAGUGGCUUCCUUCUUUCCAGUGAUAUUCUUAUGCUUCUUUGGUUGUGUUGGACCAUGUCUUGGGAUUCUAGUACUUUCAAAGUCUUUGGUUCAAAUUCAAAUUUGUUUUUGCCGGAUAUUAAUAAUCUGGUGCUGUCAUCGGUGUCAUCAUGUGCUGAAGCUGGCAAUACUGUAAGCAUUUGGGACUGCGAUAUCUUAGGUUUGGCAGUUGAAGUACCUGUUGGAAAAUUUCUUCCUUGGGCAGUGAAAACUGUUCCUAGUCUUCCAGAUGGAUUUUCACAUUUUGUACAUGCAAGAAUUCUUCAAGCUCCUACUCAAGAGGUCGGAGUGGAGUCAUCAAGUUCAUUAGCUGCAGAUAUUGCCUCACCUGAGACAUCAAGUUCCUAUGUUCUCACCCGUGGAACAGCAUGGGCAGUUUCCCUUUCACAAAGAGGUUGUAUAAGGGAAGAGAUAUCAAAAAUAUGUUUUGUAACCAGUGGCGAUGGAAAUUAUGAACACCUCCUUUAUAGGUCGUCACUUCAUGGAAGAGGCUUAAAUAGAUUCUGGUCAAACAUCGAAGGCUACCAUGGCCCUUUGUUUGUGGUUGUUCAUGCUGAAUCUGUAGACACUCGUGACGAUAGCACCAAUGAAUUGAAAUGGACUGUUGGUGUACUGACAUUCCAAGGUUUUGAAAAUAAGGAUCAGUUCUAUGGAGGAGGAGGAAAUAUCUAUGCUCUUAGCCCUGUUUUUCAUGUCUAUUCACCUACUGGGAAGGAAAAGAACUUUGUCUAUAGCCACUUGCAUCCCUCUGCAAAGGUUUAUGAGCCACAUCCGAAGCCCGUUGGAAUUGCAUUUGGGGGAACUACUGGAAAUGAAAGAAUAUUUAUUGAUGAAGACUUUGCCAGGGUUACUGUUCGCCAUCACGUGGUCGACAAGACUUACCAGCCUGGUCCUCUCUUCCCGGAUCAGGGGUUCCUGCCUGUUGAAGCCUCCAUUUUAGAAGUGGAAGCUUGGGGAUUUGGCGGCUCUGCGGCCAAGGAAAUCCAAAAUUCGUAUAAAAGGAGAGAGGAACUUUUCACUGAGCAGAGAAGAAGGGUUGAUUUAAAAACAUUUGCGAGUUGGGAAGAUUCACCGGAGAAGAUGAUGUUAGACAUGAUGUCGGACCCAAAUGCAGUUCGACGAGAAGACCGUUAAAACAAGGAUGAGUUGUUUUUGUUCAUUAUCAUUGCUUGAUGAUCUCUACAUUUGUCAGUAGCUUGAUGGUGGCUGUACAGAAAUCAAUAAACUGCAAAACUAUAUGUAGUGUAAUGUUUAUGUGCCUAUUUUCUCGGCGAAGCUGUCACAUGCUUUGCCGUGAGAUGGCAUUAUGGUCUCUGGCUUGUAUCCAUUACUAUGCUUACACCAUAAUAUUGAGAGGGACUGGAAGACUUUGAGAACAGUGUUUGCCAUGAUUAUCAAUGUUUUCAGGUGUUUCUUAAA